GUUUAAAGGUGCACAUGUGUGCCUACAAAGUUGCGUUUUAUAAUUUUUAGCCUUUGUAUCCAUUUAAUAUGUCAACGUUAUUUGAAGGUGAUAAUUCAGAUUCUGACGAAGAUAUUAAGAUAAAUUCGGAAUAUGCUAAAGAUUACAAUAAUUGGCGUCAGAAGGAAGAACUAAAUAAAUUAAAAACAAAAUAUGAAGAGGUUAUCACGGAAGACAGCAGCUUGUCUGACGAUGAUGAAGAUGAUGAGAAUAUUGAAAAUCCACAAUUUGAUAAAGAAUUUUACAAAACUUUGGCAUAUUUGAAGAAAAAAGAUCCAUGUAUAUAUGAUGAAAGUGUCAAGUUCUUUGACACAAUUGAUGAAUCUGAAUGCAUUGGACCAAAAAACAAGAAAGAAAAAAAAUCAAAGAAAAAAAAAGCUGUCUUUUUACGUGACUAUGAACGUAAAAUUAUAAUGGAAGGACAUGGGCAGUUUAGUAGUAGUGAAAAUGAAGAUAAUACAAAGGAGAAUGAUAAAAUUAAAAUUUCAACUUAUAUGGAGGAACAACAAGAAAUGAAAAAUGAUUUCAAACAUGCCCUAAAAGAAGAUACAGAUGAAGAUACUGAUUUUCUGAAACCAAAGCAAAAGACAGAAGAUGAUAAUCAGGAGGAAGAGAACUCGUACAAGAAGUGGCUAAAAGGUCAACAGUUAGAAAUUGAUCCUCAAAAACAAGAAGAACUUAAAUCAUUGCGUGAUUUCUGGACAAAUCCUGAUUUAGAUCCAAAUGAAAAAUUUUUGAGAGAUUAUAUUUUAAAUAACAAAUAUAUGGAUAAGGAAUCUUCCGAUACAGAACUAGAUUAUGAUCAAAUUGCUCACGACAGUGAUAAGAAUUUAUCAGAGGAUGAAAUGAAUAUUAAAAAACAGGAGGAAUUUGAACACAAAUACAAUUUUAGAUUUGAAGAGCCUGAUCAGGAAUUUAUUAAGAGGUAUCCACGAACUAUGGAAAAUACAAUGCGAAAAAAAGAUACGCGCAGAGCGCAAAAGAGAGCAGAAGUCAGGCAAAGGAAAGAGGAAGAAAAACGGCAAAAGGUAGAAGAAUUGAAACAACUAAAAGCACUGAAAAGAAAAGAGAUGGAAGAAAAGAUAGAGAAGCUGAAAGAAAUCACAGGGAACAAUGAUAUACGUUUCGAUAGCGUUGAUUUCGAUGCCGAUUUCGAUCCGAAUGAAUACGACAGAAAGAUGAAAGAAAUUUUUAACGAAGAAUAUUAUGCUGGUGCUGAAGGUGAUGUGAAACCAGAAUUUCCAGAUAUUGACGAGGAGUUGGAUAUUGAGGGUACAUGGGAUGACUAUGAUCCGAGUGCAUAUGAAAUUGACAUAGAAAAUACGCCACACGAAGAACCUUAUUGUGAAGACGCAGAUUUUAAUAUGGAUGCUGAUUACGACGGGUCUCAAAAUUUGCAAUCAGAACUUAUAAAGAGCAUCAGAAAGCGAAAAAAGAAAAGGGGCUCUAAGUUUGCUGCGCUUAUAGCGAAAGAAAAACCAAAAUUUGAUCCAAAACAGUUCCCUUCAUAUGAAGAAUAUUUUGACCAAUAUUACUCAAUGGACUAUGAAGAUAUGAUCGGAGAUUUGCCUUGCAGAUUUAAGUAUAGAAAAGUAGUACCGAACGACUAUGGGCUAAGUGUUCCAGAGAUCCUAAUGGCCGAUGAUAAGGAGUUAAAUAAAUGGUGUUCUUUAAAACGAGCUCUUCAACAUAAAUCUGAGGACUUAGAAAUGCAAGAGAUUCGAUCGUAUAAACAAAAGGCGUCGAAUGAAAUGCUUAAACGGAAAAUUCUCAGCAGCUUGUUCACUGAAUCAGAAAAACAAGAAGAUGAACAUGUGGAUGAUCAAACGAGCGAUAACACUGGCGGUAAGAAGCGUAGACGAAAGAAGAAAACUAAAAACAAUGUGGAUUCUACUAACACCAACACCAUUCUUGAAGAAAAGAUUAUAAAAAUCAUUGAAAAUAAUACACAAAAUAAUUCUCAUAAUAUUAAGAAUGACAUAGAACAAGAUAAAGAUACGCAACAGAAAAGUAUAGCAAGUAAAAAUAAGCAUAAACGGAAAAAUAAAUUAAGAGUCGACGAUGAUGAUCCGAAGCCGAAGAAGAUAAAAACGGAUAAUGUAAAGAAAGAAAGAUCGCAAGUAAAUAAGAAGAUAGAAGAGAAUAACGAAGGAACAGUACCUGCUGAUAAAACCGCGGUUAUACAGACAAAAAGGAACAAAAUGAAGGAAAAGAGAAACCUGCAAUUGAAUAAAGCAAAAAGCAACAAGCGCAAAUCAAAUAGUGAUAGCAUCGAUCCGAUGAUGUCCUUGAACGCAGAACGAUUAAAAACGUACGGCAUAAAUGCUAAGAAGUUUAAAAACAAAUUAAAGUAUGGCAAAAAGAAAUUCUGAACGUUAUAAUCUCUUGUACAUUUUUAUAAAUAUAUAAUUCUUCACAAGACUCUUAUAAGAUUAGUUUUCCUAUGUAUAAUCCUAAUAAUUCUAUGCUUCUAUCUAUGGCAAAAAGUUAGGUGGAGCCAUUGUACACUGUUAAUACUUGUAACAUCCAAUUCAACAUUAGGAUGAAUUUAUUGUACUGUUGAACGCGAUAACUUAAUAUGUAAUGUGUUAUUAAGAAUGGAAGUUGGAGAUUAAAUAAACGGUAUAAUUUACUGUUAC